AUGAAGUCAUUGGCACUUUUGCUAUCUGUCUUCGUGGGAAUAUCGUCGAUUAUUUUCUUUAGACGGGAAUUUUUUGAUAUCGCAACUACAACUGCCAACAGGGCUUCCAACCUGAAGAGCAACAUCUUAGGCUUCACGGCCAAAACACAAAUAGACGACCAUCUUUACGCCACCGAAAUGUCAGUUCCUCGUGCAAUUCGCAAGGUAUUCUUGGCCGUUGAGCAGGCAGAGGGUGCUGGUGCCCGUGUUCGCCGCUCAAUCGGAACACCCCAGUUGAAGAACUUCUCCCCUUUUCUUAUGCUCGAUCAUUUCCGUAUCUCUCCUGGCUCGGGCUUUCCCGACCACCCUCACAGAGGUCAGGAAACUAUCACCUAUCUGCUUCAUGGCGGUGUCGACCACGAGGACUUUGCCGGCAAUAAAGGCACCAUUGAGACCGGCGACUUGCAAUUUAUGACGGCGGGCAGGGGUAUUAUGCAUGCCGAGAUGCCCAAGCAGAACCCGGACGGUAGUGCCAACGUCGGUCUUCAGCUAUGGGUUGACCUACCCAAGCAUCUUAAAGCCUGUGAACCGCGCUACCGCGACUUGCGUGCAAAGGAAAUCCCUACAGUCGACAUUGACGAGGGCAAUGUCCACAUUAAGGUCAUCUCUGGCCAGAGUCACGGCGUUGACUCAGUCCGUGACCUAGCCUACACGCCCGUCUGGAUCCUCGACAUUCAGAUCAAGCCCGGCGGCAAGGUUGCUCAGCCACUUCCCAAAGGAUGGAACGCCUUCGCAUAUACGCUCGAAGGGCAGAGUAUCUUUGGCGCGGGGGCCCAACAACGCGUUGUUGACCAAUUCCACAAUGUUGUGUUCGAGCAAGACGGCGAUAUAGUCAACAUUGAGGUUGAUGCCGGUGCCGAAAAGGACGCUCGCAUUGUAGUGAUCGCCGGCACACCGCUUGAUCAGGAGGUCGUGCAGUAUGGUCCAUUUGUCCUCAGUUCGAAGGCUGAGGUAUACCAGGCCCUCAUGGACUAUCAGACCCACUCUAAUGGAUUCGAGAGGGCAGAGGGCUGGCAGAGUGAGAUUGGAAAAUCAAUGGAGUAA